UGGCCACACCCUUUUCAUCAUUCCCACUCUCAAACCCCCAAGAAAAAGCACAAUUUGAACACCAAGAAAAGAGGACAGAACUAAGCAGAAGACAUGAAGCUUGUCUGGUCUCCAGAAACUGCCUCAAAGGCUUACAUCGACACCGUUAGAUCAUGUGAAGUUUCCAAAGGAUCAAGUGUUGCAGAACUGGUUUCAGCCAUGGCUGCCGGAUGGAACACGCAGUUGGUCGUCGAAACGUGGUCGAAAGGCGGUGCGGUGGCCACGAGCAUCGGUCUUGCAGUUGCGACGCAUCACACAGGGGGACGGCACAUUUGUGUAGUCCCUGAUGAAGAGUCUCGAUCAGAGUACGUGGACGCCAUGAGGAAAUCCGGUCAGCAGGCGGAGGUCGUGGUGGGGCAGCCGGAGGUAGCUGUGGAAGGGCUGGAAGGGAUUGAUUUCCUGGUGGUGGAUGGGACGAGAAACGACUUUGUGAGAAUACUGAGGGUGGCAAAACUAGGCCAUAGAGGGGCUGUUCUGGUAUGCAAGAAUGCAAGCUCCAGGGCCGCCUCGGAUUUCAGGUGGCGCAGCGUGCUCGAUCGGAAGUCGAGGAUCGUGAGGUCGGUGUUGCUGCCGGUGGGGCAGGGGUUGGACAUAGCUCAUAUUGGUGCAAAAGGGGGAGACAAAGUUAAGGGGAAGAGCAAGAGCAAGUGGAUUAGACAUAUAGAUGAACAGUCAGGGGAAGAGUAUGUGAUCAGGACAUAAUUUCUUUGUAGAAUGAAGUUGGCUGUAGCAUAUUUUUGGUUGUUUUCUUUGUUUGUACAUAAGAAAGAAGAGUAAUUUAGAGUUUUUCUGUGCAUUCUGUUCACAAUGAAAAUGA